UCCCUUGUUAAUAAUAUACAAGUUUAUUUCAGAGAUUUAACUCUGCAAGAUUGACUCUAGACUCCCUGUCCAACAGCCCAUCAAGAUCUCAGCAACCCCUGAUAUCACUGGCAUGACAAGAUCUUGUCACCAUGCCACCAUGCCACGGUAAGCCGUAGGAUGAUCACAUAUACAGUGGAUCGUUAUCUCGGCAUGUAUUUGCGGUUACUAACGACAAACUAUGCUGGCCGGGCGUGAUCCAGGUACCCGCGACAUGUCUUAGUCCUGGCUUCGGCUGCACGACAUCAAACUUCCGGUCCUUGUUAGCAAGCGCUAAGAUCCUUAGUUUGAUACGGAUCAGCCUUGUUUCUGGUGAUGUUUGUCCGGUGAGUAUUAGCGAGAACUAGUCGAGGAACGUGUGGAAAUGACAGUUUCCCGCUUAAUUGCCGAGAUGAUUUGGCCCUGACGUGAGAUCAUUCGGGGGAUAUGAAGAUCCAAGAGAGCCUCUUCACAGCGUCAAAGUUCGGUUGAAGAUAUUUCUGAGACGAUCGUAGCUGAAAUUGACGGGUUUGCCAACUCAGAGAUACUAGGCCUCGCAGAAGGCGCCAUCCCAGCGCAUCACCACCCCUUUCAGCAGCCGCCAUGCCUCCAUAAGGCAAUCUUCUCGUCACAGCGGCCCCACGACUCGCCCAACCAACACUGACGAUGUAAAGAUAACAGGGAAGUAUCGAGUUUGGCCAAAAAGAUGGAUACAAGUUGUGUACUUCUCCCUCGAGACUGACCUCCACAACUCGAUGCAGUGUGACAACUCACGAGUGUACUCCGGGGAGACUUCCGGAGAACAAACACUCAGAAAAGUGCAGAAGUUUGCUCUUGGCGGCUAUUCAGUCUGAGAGAAAUGGAAUGGGCCUUGUGAAUCGUGGGACGUGGGAUAUGCUGUCUUCGAAGUCGGGCGGUUAGGAGAGGAGUUGAGUUAAGGAUACAAAUAGUCCGCUAUGUUGUCUCGACAAGUGAAGUUAUACUCAACGAAAAACGAGAGAACUCAAGAACUUUAUACCAAAAUUCUAUCUAUUUUCUACCCUUGACUAGCAAAUCCUUUGUUUUAUUCCCGGCAAUGGCAACUCUCAGGGGCACCACUCAGGACUAUGCAACUACCAUGCAGCGCUCUGACAAUGAUGGCGUUCUUGGUGUAAACUCUGAACUCCUCAGGGAAUCACCUAUCAAGAACUCCAACUCCUCCAACACCGCACUGACUGGUCCCCUAGUCUGGUCCGGAGCAGACUAUCAGGAGGACCAAGCUUACACUCUCCGUCUUAGCAUCGAGGAAGCUAAGGAAGUCGACAGCGCCCUCGCUAGUUUCAAAACUCUUGGACUCGACGGCGACGAAGUCUCCCCUGAUAAUUUCCCUCUUCCAAACCUGUCUCGCCGUCUGCGUGCCAGCGCCGAGACUCUUCACCUUGGAAGAGGCUUUGUUGUCAUUCGUGGCAUCGAUGGCAAGAAAUAUUCUGUCGAGGAUAGUGUUACUAUCUUCUUGGGUGUAGCUGGCUACAUUGCUGAUAAACGCGGACUCCAAGACCGCAAGGGUAACAUGCUAUCUCAUGUAACCGAUUCGAAGCAAUGGAAGACUCCUGCCGACGCGCGUCAUGGUAUUCACACCAAUGGAUCUCUGCCUUUCCACACUGACAUGGGAUGCGACAUCCUAUCCCUUCAAGUUCGAGACAGCGCCAACAAGGGAGGAUAUACCUAUCUCAGUUCAGCCUGGACUGUCUUCAACGACCUCCUCAACCGAGAGCCAGAAGUCAUCAAGACACUCCUAACUCCCAACUGGCCUGUCCAGCUUUCGGGCCGUAAGGCUUCAUAUCAUCUCGCUCCUGUCUUGACAUUCCACGAUGGCAAACUCCUCGCGAGCCUCGACCCGCAUCGCCUCGGGCCGCACCCAAGUAUGACGAACUCGAAUAUUCCCUCUCUUUCAGAGGCUCAAAUCCACGCUCUUCAAGCUGUCUCAGAGGCUGCUUCUAGUGUUGAGUUGCAGCUAAAGCUUGAGACAGGAGAUCUUCUGUUCUUCAACAACCUCGCCCUCGUCCACCGUCGAGACGCCUACACUGACGACGAUAACUCGUCUCGUCACAUGGUUAGACUCUGGCUUCGUAACCAGAAGUACGGUUGGGCAAUUCCUAACGGUAUGCUUCCUCCUUGGGAGGCUGCCUAUGGGGAGAACCGCAAGAUCAAGGCUAGGCACUACCCUAUUGUGCCCAUGGUAGAGUACCCUGUGCAGAAGUACACUACCAGCUCUGCAGCCUUUAUGAUCGAGAAUUCUGAGACUUCAGACGAGGAGUGAUGAUUCUCCGACUACUCCGCGCUUUUUGAUUUUGUCUCCGUUCGAGACCCCCAGUCAUUUCCGAGUCAUGACAUGUUUUGGUUUAUCAAGGGUUUUGAGAGUCUAUCUACUGUCGUUUCCUUAGGAACAGCCUACUAUAGGUCACUAUGCAGGACUACAUACUAGCUAUUAGUCGCUCAUUGGAGAAUACAACCAACAUCUUGCAAUGCUGUUGUCUCGAGAGA